UGGCGAGCGAGGCUAUUUUGCCCGUGUAAAGAGCUGCUGCGGGCCAACCAGUGGUCGCCAGCUCACGCGCGCAGCCAUAAAUUUAGAGUCGCGCGCCGAGACGCGGCGCCGGCGACCAGCGACGCGCAGCGAGCUCCCUCGCUAGCAUCAUGGCUAACCAGUACUUUUACGUGCGCACCCGGCGUCCGGCCCAAAAACGCGCGCCGGAGCGCUGUCUGAGAGAUGAUACGUGGACGCGCGUCGGCACAGCGGUCGGCGGCGCGCACGGCUGGGGCGCGGCGCCGCGGGAGAGCCCUCUCGGCGACGACGCGUGAGCGGUGAGAGCCCCGCACCGCCACGCCAUCGAGCCGACGUCGCGCAACGUAGCACACACACACACACACACCGCUCACCCUUUCCUCACACAGAAACCCGAGAAUGCCCUGAAGCGCGCGAACGAGCUCUCGGCCAUCGGCAACGAGAAAGGAGCUUUACAAGUGCUCCAUGACGUCCUCACGGCGAAGAAGUCGCGGACCUGGGUCAAGGUCCUCGAGUCGAUCAUGCUGAAGUACAUCGACAUUGCGGUCGAUCUGAAGCUCCACCGCCACGCGAAGGACGGCUUACAUCAGUACCGGAACAUUUCCCAGCAGCAAGCGCCGCAAUCGCUCGAAGCGAUCAUCCAGCACCUCCUCAAAGCAGGAGAGUCGAGGGUCGCCAAGGCCGCGAAGGAAGCGCGGUCCAUGAAUCUCGGCAAGGGCAAAGCUGUGGCGGACUUGGAGUGCGAGCAGACGCCGGAAGCGAUCAUGUUGUCGACGAUGACUGAUGAGGGCGACGGGGAUCGUUCAGAACGAGAGGUGCUCGUUCCUUGGCUCAAAUUUUUGUGGGAGACGUAUAGAUCGGUCCUAGACAUUUUGAAGACGAACUCCAAGCUAGAGAAGGUCUACCACCAGACGGCGCAGCGAGCCUUUGAAUUUUGCGUCCAGCACGAGCGCAAAACCGAGAUGCGGCGGUUGUGCGAGACGUUGCGGCACCACCUGUCGAACCUGCAACGAGCCACGGCGCAAGGCAACACGAAUCGCCUGCGAGGCUGGGAGGGCUGGACCCAAGAAGGUAUUGAGUUACAUUUAGCUACUCGCUUCGCGCAACUCGAAGCCGCGUCCGCCCAGGAGCUCUGGACCGAGGGUUUCAGAACGGUGGAGGACAUCCACCAGGUCAUGCGCAUCUCGAAAAAACCGCCGAAGGCCAAGCUCAUGGCGAAAUACUACGAGCGACUCACGAAGAUCUUCUGGGUGAGCGGCAACUACUUGUUCCACGCCUACGCCUGGUGGCGCCACGCCCAAUUAGCUAAGGAAAGCCAGAAGCGGCCGCCGCCCGUGGAAGAUCAAAUCCAGAUGGCCUGUUCCGUUUUACUCUCAGCCUUGGCCAUCCCCGACGCGUCCGACGGCGCGCCCGACGAGCAAGGUUUAGGACAGUCGGGUGAUCCCGACGACGUCGACGCCGAGAAGAUGGCGCGGAUGGCCACUUUGUUAGGCUUUCGGGGCCAUCCGACGCGGGCGGCCUUGCUGGCGGAGAUCGCGGCCGACGAUGAGUUGGUUGACGUGUUCGGGCACGAUUUGCCCGCCCAUGUUCGGGCGUUGCACGAGGCGCUCGAGAACACCUUCGCGCCGCGCAAACUCGCGGGCACGGUGGCGCCUCUGCUGAAGGAGUUGAAAGAAGCUACUCCUAGACUCGCGCAUUAUGCCGAACCUCUAGCUCGCGUUGCCGUCUCGAGGGUCGUGGCCCAAUUAGGCCGCGUCUACUCCGUCGUCACCCUGGACAACUUCGAGCAGCUCGUCGCUCCUUUAUCUGUCCCGGCUGAUGAUGUUGAGAAGCUCAUUGUUGGGGCCGCGGGCGGACCGGGCGGCGGCGCUUCCAGUGGAGGCGCCUUGGCGCGCGUCGACCAUCGCUUAGGCGUCCUGCGCUUCCCCGAGGAGCCCCAGGCCGCGCCGGCGUCGCGCCACCUCGGCGAUCUCGCUCGCUACGUCGCGGAGGCGGCCCAAGCGGCGAGGGACCACAAGCCCGAGGAGAUGCGCGACCCCGAACGAGCGGCGAAGCGCGCUAGAUUAUUUGAGAUGGCGCGCGCCGCGUCGGCGCGGGACCACGAGUCGGCGCUCGAGCGCAAGCAAGUUAUUGAGAGAAGGAAGGAGGAGCAAGAGCGAUUGAUGGCCGAGAAGAAGGCCGCGGAAGACGCGGAAGAGCGCCGGCUCGAAGCCGAGAGGAAGAAGGAGGAGGAGGCUCGGCUCGAACGGUGCGACGCGGCGUCCUUUGACCUUUCUACGAUCCUACGCCAUCGACGCGACUCGUCUCCGUCAUCCGAGGUCGUUCGUGACUCCGUAUCCUACACAGGGAAGCGAAGCGCCGCGAGCGCGAGAAGCUCGAGAAGAUGCGCGCCGAGCUCCAGGUCCAGGAGGCCAAGGAGCAGAUGAAGGCCCUGGGCAAGGACGUCGGCGACGAAAUUAUUAACAUGAAGGAGGAGGAGCGCCAGAAGCUCAUCAAGGACCAGCGCGACAAGCAGCGCAAGGCCGAGCAGAACGAGGCCAAGAAGAUGCUCGAACAAUCCAAAAGGUUGGACUACAUUACUCGCGCUUUGCGGUUGGAGGAGCUGCCGGUCCUGGAAGCGAGGUACGCGAAGCGGCUGGAAGAAGAUAGAGCUAGGCAUGAUGCGCAGUACGUCGAGAGCGUCGAGAAGGGCAAGGUCGAUCAUGCUGCCGCUUUAUUGGAGAAGAAGCGGUUGGCGCGGGUCCAGAGUCAUAGAGAGAAGUGGGAGGCCGGUGUUUUGGCUGCGCGGAAGGCCGCCUAUGUUAAGGCUCGCGCGGAUGCAGAACAGCAGCACAAGGAAGAGGCCAUCGCGCGCAAGGUCGCCCGCGCUCGUAGGCGCCGGGAAGAUUAUCUCGACGACUUGGAGCGCGCUCGAGCCGAGGACGAGGAGCGCGCCUACGAGGCGGCCGCCGACGCGUUGCGCGCCGAGGAGGAGCGCGCUUGGGAGGCUCAGCAAGCUGAACGCCGCGAGGCCGAGGAGGCGCAGCGUAGAGAGGAGGAAGAGAAGAGGGCGGCCGAAAUCGCCCGGCACCGCGCGGAAGCGGAACGCCUGCGCGCCGAACGCGCGGCCGAGGCCGAGGCGGCCGACGCACAAGAGCGCGAGAGGCGCCAGGCGGCGGACGGUCCCAGCGACUGGCGCCGCGGCGGCGCGCGCCCCGACGACGGUCCGCCGCCGCGCCGCGGCUUCGGUGGCGACGACGGGCCCCGGCGCGGCGGAUUCGGUGACGGCGACGCGCGCCGCGGCGGCUUCGGCGACGCGCGCCGCGGUGGCGGCUUUGGUGGUGAUGAGGGUCCCAGAAGGGGCGGCUUCGGUGAUGCUCGCCGGGGCGGCUUUGGAGAUGAUGCUCCGCCGCGUCGGGGUGGUUUCGAGGAUGGACCUCCUCGCAGAGGCUUUGAUUCGGGAGCUCCGCCGCGCCGCGGCGGCUUCGAAGAUGGGCCUCCUCAGCGGUCGCGCUUUGAGGAUGACGGGCGCCCUCCGCCGCGGCGCGGUGAGGCCUUCCAGGAUGGCCCCCCUCCUAGGAGAGGCGGGUUCGAGGACGGGCGCCCGGCGCCGCGGAGAUCGACGGCCGGCGGGGACGGCGAGCCCGACGGUGGCGGCAUGUGGCGGAGAGGUGGCGCCGCCCCGCCGGGGCCGCCGCCCGCUCGGUCCGAGCGGCCGCGCCGCGAGUCCAAGCCUCGCGGCCGGACGGACGGCGAGGCCGACGCGAAGGACAACUGGCGCCGCGGCGGCGGCAACUAGGAGGCGGCGACGGCACUUCCACCCCUUAUUCCCCCCCGUAUAACUAUCUCGAAACUAACAGUGGCCUGCGCCCACCCACAAUUAACAGCG